AUGGCCCGCAGCAACUCCUUUGCCGCGGCCGCGGUCGCCGUCCUGGCGGUGGUCGGCGUGGGCAGCUGCUUCCUGACCGGUCUUCCCCAACAAGGAUCGCAGCCGCCCCGCGCCGCGCCCAAUGCGGUCGAGCACGAGAUGCCGCAGCCGAGCAUGGCCAGCAACUCCUGGGCGGCACCGCUGCUGAGCUUCGGCGCCGCCCUGGGCCUGAUCUUCGGCGUCGUGGCCGCCAAGCCCGCCCGCGCCAUCACGGCAGAGCAGUUCAGCCAGCUCACCUACGCACAGGUGAAGGGCUCCGGCUUGGCCAACCGCUGCCCCACCGUCGAGUCCAACGGCACGGAGGUCCCCGUGAAGGGCGGCUCUCGGCUCGUGAACGUGUGCUUCGAGCCGAAGUCCUUCGCAGUAGAGUUCGAGACCGACAAGGGCAAGGAGUUCGCCACCACCAAGCUGACCACCCGUCAGACCUACACCCUGGCCUUCAUCGAGGGCAGCCUGGAUGCCAACCCCAUCACCUUCAAGGAGCAGGACGGUAUGGACUUCGCGGCCACCACCGUGAAGCUGCCGGACGGCGAGUACGUGCCCUUCCUGUUCACCGUGAAGGAGCUGGUGGCCAAGGGCGAGGGCAGCUCCUUCAAGCCGGGCUUCACAUGGGGUGGCGAGUUCAGCGUCCCCUCCUACCGAACCGGCGGUUUCCUUGACCCUAAGGGCCGAGGUAUGACCUUGGGUUACGAUCAGGCCGUGGCCCUGCCGGCCAUGCAGUCCGAUGGUCAGGGCGGCCAGGACGAGCUCUUCAAGGAGACCAACAAGGUCUUCGACCUCGGCAAGGGCGUCAUCGAGAUGGAGGUGAACCAGGAGCUUGGUGAGAUCGGCGGCGUUUUCGUGUCCAAGCAGCCCUCCGACACCGACAUGGGCGCCAAGGUUGAGGCAGGGCGCGGCACUGCCACGGAAGAUUUUUUCCCUGCACGGUGGUUUGUUUUUAUGGUCUUAGCAUCGACCAAAAUGGCACGAAACUCCUUUGCCGCGGCCGCGGUCGCCGUCCUGGCGGUGGUCGGCGUGGGCAGCUGCUUCCUGACCGGUCUUCCCCAAGGAGCGCAGCCGCCCCGCGCCGCGCCCAAUGCGGUCGAGCACGAGAUGCCGCAGCCGAGCAUGGCCAGCACCUCCUGGGCUGCACCGCUGCUGAGCUUCGGCGCCGCCCUGGGCCUGAUCUUCGGCGUCGUGGCCGCCAAGCCCGCCCGCGCCAUCACGGCGGAGCAGUUCAGCCAGCUCACCUACGCACAGGUGAAGGGCUCCGGCUUGGCCAACCGCUGCCCCACCGUCGAGUCCAACGGCACGGAGGUCCCCGUGAAGGGCGGCUCUCGGCUCGUGAACGUGUGCUUCGAGCCGAAGUCCUUCGCAGUAGAGUUCGAGACCGACAAGGGCAAGGAGUUCGCCACCACCAAGCUGACCACCCGUCAGACCUACACCCUGGCCUUCAUCGAGGGCAGCCUGGAUGCCAACCCCAUCACCUUCAAGGAGCAGGACGGUAUGGACUUCGCGGCCACCACCGUGAAGCUGCCGGACGGCGAGUACGUGCCCUUCCUGUUCACCGUGAAGGAGCUGGUGGCCAAGGGCGAGGGCAGCUCCUUCAAGCCGGGCUUCACAUGGGGUGGCGAGUUCAGCGUCCCCUCCUACCGAACCGGCGGUUUCCUUGACCCUAAGGGCCGAGGUAUGACCUUGGGUUACGAUCAGGCCGUGGCCCUGCCGGCCAUGCAGUCCGAUGGUCAGGGCGGCCAGGACGAGCUCUUCAAGGAGACCAACAAGGUCUUCGACCUCGGCAAGGGCGUCAUCGAGAUGGAGGUCAACAAGGUGAACCAGGAGCUUGGUGAGAUCGGCGGCGUUUUCGUGUCCAAGCAGCCCUCCGACACCGACAUGGGCGCCAAGGCCCCAAGGACCGUCCUGCUGAAGGGCAUCUUCUACGGCAAGGUCGUAAACGCCUGA